CUCUUCAUCUUUCUCCUCUGUCCUCCACCCUAUUGCUACUUUCUUGGCUACUUCUCCAAAAUUCAUAUCUCCACUAGUCAUCCUAGUGGCUUUUCCUUUCCAUCUGCAAUUCAUUUCCAUCCUCCGUCUGAAAAAUGAGCUCCAAAGAUCCACAUAGCGGCGUUCCCGCCUCGAGCAAAGGCUCUUGGACAAGUUUCCUUAAGUCUAUUGCUUCCUUCAACGGCGACCUUUCCUCUUUGACUGCUCCCCCUUUCAUCCUCUCCUCCACCUCCUUGACUGAAUAUUCCGCCUACUGGGCCGAACACCCCGCCCUCUUCGUGGCUCCUGCCAAAGAAGCCGACCCUGAGAAGAGAGCUUUGGCUGUUCUCAAGUGGUUCCUCAGCACCCUCCACCAACAGUACUGCAGCCGCAGCGAGAAGCUUGGCAGCGAGAAGAAGCCUCUUAACCCAUUCCUCGGAGAGCUCUUCUUGGGUAAAUGGGACGCAGAUGCAGAGGUGGGUGAAACAAGCUUGAUCAGUGAGCAGGUCAGCCACCACCCUCCUGCUACUGCCUACGCUAUCCGGAAUGAGAAGCACGGUGUCGAACUCCAAGGAUACAAUGCCCAGAAGGCGUCCUUCUCCAGCACCAUUCAGAUCAAGCAGAUCGGCCACGCUCUUCUGUCCCUUACUCCUCCUGGGGCAGACAAGAAUGACCCCGCUCAGCAGGAGAAAUAUCUCAUCACUCUUCCCGCCCUCCACAUUGAGUCCUUGAUCUACGGGACACCGUUUGUUGAACUGGAGAAGACCACCCGCAUCGCCAGCAGCACUGGCUACAUUGCCAAGAUUGACUACUCUGGCAAAGGCUGGUUGAGCGGCAAGAAGAACACCUUCAGCGCCAUUCUUUACAAGGAGAGCGACGGCGAAAAGAAGCCCCUGUACACCAUUGACGGCCAGUGGUCGGACUCUUUUGUGAUCAAGGACGCCAGGAAGAACGAGGUGGACCGAUUCUCAGUCAAGGAAACUCAGACCACUCCCCUAACUUUGGCACCCCUUGAUCAGCAAGACCUCUAUGAGAGCCGGCGGGCCUGGCGCGACGUAGCGGCGGGCAUUGAGCGGAGCGACAUGGACGCUGUGUCUGUGGCCAAGUCCAAGAUCGAGAACGCGCAGCGUGAGCUGCGCAAGGUCGAAAAGUCAGAGGGUCGAGAAUGGGAGCGUCGAUUCUUCAAGCGUGUCAACGAGAGCGACGAUGAAGUCUUCCGGGAGCUUGGCCCCAAGCUCGGCCUCACCUCUUUGGAGAGCGACAAGACGGGCGGUGUCUGGCGAUUCGACGCGGCUAAGGCGGCGGACGCCAAGCCACCUUACCACGCAACCGGAGGCGAGGGCCUGGGUAUCACUGCAUGAUCAAUACAUCGGUUGCAAAGUUAAUUACUAGUUCUCACUCGGUCUGCGUGGCCGGAUAGAGUGUUGGAACUCGCGGGGAUGACUACCAUCAUAGAUUGCGUUCUCUUUCUAUUUCUUUUCUUUUUCUCUAUUCGGGGGUUUUGGUAUCUGUAUAUAGAAUAGCAGCGAGAACUGGAUAGUUCCUGGAGCACUCGGCGGAUCAUCCUUUCGCUUUGGGUCUGUGGAUCAUGUCGACCACUUAAAGGACAAACGUUGACAAAUUUUUGCCGGAAAAUGAAUUGAAUCCUAGCAUCGAGCCAUGCACGACGAUCCAAGCGAUUAUUCUUAUACAUAUUGCUAAGCCUCCAGUGAACAAUACAG